GGCGGGGAUAGGCUGCGCUCUAGGGCAGGGAGGCCUGGGAAGGGGCGGAGGAAGGAGACUAGAGCAGGAAGAGCAACGGUUAGGCGGUGGCGGCGGAGUCGGUGGUGGCAGAGGCGAAAGCGACAGCUCCAGGCGGUGGCAGCGGCCCCGAGAGCAGGAUGCGGGUCCGCGUCGGGCUGACGCUGCUGCUCUGUGCGGUGCUGCUAGGCACGGCCUCGGCGGCCUCGGAUGAAGAAGGCAGCCAGGAUGAAUCCUUAGAUUCCAAGACUUCUUUGCCACCAGAUGAGUCAGUAAAGGACCACAGCACAGGAGGCAGAGUAGUGGCUGGUCAGAUAUUUCUUGAUUCAGAAGAAUCAGAAUUGGAAUCACCUAUUCAAGAGGAGGAAGAGAGCCUCAGGAGCCAAGAAGGGGAAAGCGUCACAGAAGAAAGCAGCUUUCUAGAACCUUCAAAUCCAGAAAACAAGGAUUAUGAAGAACCGACAAAAGUACGGAAACCAGCUUUGACCGCCAUUGAAGGCACAGCCCAUGGGGAGCCCUGCCACUUCCCUUUUCUUUUCCUCGAUAAAGAGUAUGAUGAGUGUACCUCAGAUGGGAGGGACGACGGCCGACUGUGGUGUGCCACAACCUAUGACUACAAGGCAGAUGAAAAGUGGGGCUUUUGUGAGACUGAAGAAGAGGCUGCUAAAAGACGGCAAAUGCAGGAAGCAGAAAUGAUGUACCAGGCUGGGAUGAAGAUCCUCAAUGGAAGCAAUAAGAAAAGCCAGAAAAGAGAAGCAUAUCGGUAUCUUCAGAAGGCAGCAAGCAUGAACCAUACCAAGGCCCUGGAGAGAGUGUCAUAUGCCCUUUUGUUUGGUGACUACCUGACACAGAACAUCCAGGCAGCCAGAGAGAUGUUUGAGAAGCUGACGGAGGAAGGCUCUCCCAAGGGACAGACUGCUCUUGGCUUUCUCUAUGCCUCUGGACUUGGUGUUAAUUCAAGUCAGGCAAAGGCUCUUGUAUAUUACACUUUUGGAGCUCUUGGGGGCAACCUAAUAGCCCACAUGAUUUUGGGCUACCGCUACUGGGCUGGCAUCGGAGUCCUCCAGAGCUGCGAAUCCGCGCUGACUCAUUAUCGUCUUGUUGCCAAUCAUGUUGCUAGUGAUAUCUCGCUGACCGGAGGCUCAGUGGUGCAGAGAAUACGGCUCCCUGACGAGGUGGAGAAUCCAGGAAUGAACAGUGGAAUGCUAGAAGAGGAUUUGAUUCAGUAUUACCAGUUCCUAGCCGAAAAAGGUGAUGUACAAGCACAGGUCGGUCUGGGACAACUGCACCUGCAUGGGGGGCGUGGAGUAGAACAGAAUCAUCAGAGAGCAUUUGACUACUUCAAUUUAGCAGCGAAUGCUGGCAAUUCACAUGCUAUGGCCUUCUUAGGAAAGAUGUAUUCCGAGGGGAGUGACAUCGUACCUCAGAGCAAUGAGACCGCUCUCCACUACUUCAAGAAAGCUGCUGACAUGGGCAACCCAGUUGGACAGAGCGGGCUUGGAAUGGCUUACCUCUACGGAAGAGGAGUCCAAGUUAAUUAUGAUCUGGCACUGAAGUAUUUUCAGAAAGCUGCUGAACAAGGAUGGGUUGAUGGACAACUACAGCUUGGCUCUAUGUACUAUAAUGGCAUUGGAGUCAAGAGGGAUUACAAACAGGCCUUGAAGUAUUUUAAUUUAGCUUCUCAGGGAGGCCAUAUCUUGGCUUUCUACAACCUAGCCCAGAUGCAUGCCAGUGGCACCGGUGUGAUGCGAUCGUGUCACAAUGCUGUGGAGUUGUUUAAGAAUGUCUGUGAGCGGGGCCGUUGGUCCGAGAGGCUUAUGACUGCCUACAACAGCUAUAAAGACGGUGACUACAACGCCGCAGUGAUCCAGUACCUCCUGCUGGCUGAGCAAGGCUACGAAGUGGCACAGAGCAACGCGGCCUUCAUUCUCGACCAGAGGGAAGCAACCAUUGUAGGCGAGAAUGAAACAUACCCCAGAGCUUUGCUACACUGGAACAGGGCCGCUUCUCAAGGUUAUACCGUGGCUAGGAUUAAGCUUGGAGACUACCAUUUCUAUGGGUUUGGCACCGACGUAGAUUACGAAACUGCGUUUAUCCAUUAUCGUCUAGCGUCUGAGCAACAGCACAGUGCACAAGCUAUGUUUAACCUGGGAUACAUGCACGAGAAAGGACUGGGCAUUAAACAGGAUAUUCAUCUUGCAAAACGUUUUUAUGACAUGGCAGCCGAAGCCAGCCCAGAUGCUCAGGUCCCAGUCUUCCUAGCGCUCUGCAAACUGGGUGUCGUCUAUUUCUUGCAGUACAUACGGGAAACAAAUAUUCGGGAUAUAUUCACCCAACUUGAUAUGGACCAGCUUCUGGGGCCGGAGUGGGACCUUUACCUCAUGACUAUCAUCGCGCUGCUGUUGGGAACAGUCAUAGCUUACCGGCAGAGGCAGCACCAAGACGGGCCUGGGCCUAGGCCGCCAGGGCCACGGCCAGCGCCACCGCAGCAGGAAGGGCCGCCAGAGCAACAGCCGCCACAGUAACAGCCGCCAUGUCCAGCCUUGUUGGCAUUUGAUUUGGGACUUUGGAUCAAUGGCCACCUCCUGGAAGAGGCACGAGGAAGCAUUGAAUUCCUAAAGCUGCUUAGAAUCUGAUGCCUUUAUUUUCAGGGAUAAGUAACUCUUACCUAAACUGAGUUGAAUGUUUCAAUGCCGUUUGGAAUAACAACUCUCAGUGGCUCUCCUUUUUUUUUUUUUUUUUUUUCCUGGAAACAUGUGAGACACUCAAAGUAAUGUCUGCUGUAUCCAGCUAUCUUUCUUGGGUCCUUUCAGUCACUCUCAGUGUCUGUAAGUUCUCUGAUCAGCCUUCUUUAAGGACGUUGUGCAUCGACACUAAAAACUGAUCUGUGUGAAAAGGAAACCCCAGUUAGUUGCAAGUUUAACCUUAACAUGUUUGAAAAGCCUGAAAAUAGAACUUGCCUCUUAAGUUAAAAAAAAAAGUCUUCAAAGUGUAUCAGAACGCCCAUAACAAACGUUUACCAAUCCAUAUGCAAGUAUACAUAUUCAGCACCUUUUGUUAUUUCAAAAGGAAAGGAAGGAGAGUGUUGGCGAUUGUCAUGGUUUAUACCAUACUUCUCUCCUUCAGAGACAGAAAGGCUUGUUAAAGAGUUGUAUGUGAACUUCUUUUCUUUGGAAUGGAACACAUAUAAAACAUUGUGAACUGACUCCUUGAGCUAACAAGUGCAUUUGCCCCACCUGCUUAAUGUAAUUUGUUUGUUUUGACUAUGCAGAGCCUUGAUCUGGAAGCCAGAGGAUGGACUAUGUGGGAGAAAUUAGAAAACAAUAUUAUAGAACCCUGCGUGGGGUACCAAGAUCAUAGAGGUACUUUCCCAAAAGUUCAAACAUUUGUUACCAGAAUUUAGUUUGCAUUUCUUUUUUGCAAAAGAACAGAUCACCCUCCUGAGUUUUUUAGUACGAAAUACCAUGGCCAAGAUAUGACAUACAGUGCCUACCAUUAUAAUACUAAAACUGAGACAGAGAAUCUAAGAUGUAUGGAGCUCUGUGGUUGAGGAAAGCCAAAGCCUGUUUAUACUGUUCAGGUAGAUUUUUUUUUUUCCUGCAGUUUUAUGUUACAGUAGAAAGGCAGCCAUUUGUUUAGCUGUCCUAUUCACCACCCUCCCACUGCGAACAUUUUGAGAGUUGUCUGAGUAAACUGUAUGAAAAACAACAAUGAAAAAAAGCUCGAGAACAUCACAUAUUAUACAAAUGACAGAAUUAAAUAGGAACUUAUAUUUCUUUUCAUUGUCUUAUGGUGGUAUUCACCAGCCUGUAGUUAGUCUGAGACUACAUUUGUGUGAGCAGGGCUGUCUUGGCCUGUUGACUGCAGUCUGUUUAAAUUAACCUUACUCUCUUUCCAUAAGCCCUGGUCUGCCAGAGAACUUGAAGAGUUUAUUACCUAUAGAGUUGUAAGACUCUGGUUCUUGAAGUUGGGGUUAUAUUAAGAACUAGAUUUAAUUAGUCUGUAAUGAACAUGAAGGCUUUAAAUGUGAAGUUGUCUGCUUUUGUUGUUUAGAGUAUUAUGAGAAACCUGGUAAGCAAACUUUCCUCCCAGAUAAUUGCUUCCAAAUUUGAAGAGGUGGUCAUAGAGAGAGCCCUAUGUUUAAAAGCACAUCUGAAAGGUAGGAAAUAUUACCCUCAAUAACUAUAAUGCCGUUUGGGGCAGCUCUUGUAAAUACUACGGCUCGUUUGCUCUCUCACAAGAGAGCUCGGAGUGUAGCUGAUGGCUCUGUGGGUGUCCUCACCGCCUCUUCCCCCCCCCCUUUCAGAGUCAGCAUGGCCCUUGGUAGCAGUCAUGCUGCAUUCUGGAGGAACUGUUUUCAUUGAUUGAAAGUUAAAGAUUUCCAAGAUGACUAAACUUUCAUUGUUUCCCCUCUACCGUCCACCUAAUUUCUCCUUUAGCAGAAUUUUUCUCUCUCUUUACUUCCUUCCGUCAAUACUUUGAAAAAACAUGUCAUAUAACAGUGUGCACUACUACCAAAACCUGGAUGGGAGAGGGUGGUCGUGUUCUUCAUGCAAUAACACACUUCCUAUCGGUUAACCACUUGCCCCGUCCUUUUUAUUAUUCAUAUUCCAAAUGUCCGUUUCCUGGCUUUUUUCCACUUCCUGUUUUACCCUGGGUCUUUGCUACUGGAAAUUUGAACGGUAUAUUUAAGAUAGCUUAGUUUUAUGGCUUCAUGACACCAAUCCUAUGAUUGUCUCAAAAUACUCUGCUGCCACCCUGGUUGGAUGGCUCAUUUGGUUGGAGCAUUGUCCCACACACCAAAAGGUGGUGGGUUCAAUCUCCCGGUCAGGGCACAUACCUAGGCAGCUUCAUUCCCCGGUUGGGGCAUGUUCAGGAGACAACCAAUCGAUGUUUCUUGUUCCUCUCAAAUCAGUGUGCUCUCUCUCCCUCUCUCUACCCCCCCUUCCCUUUCUGUCCUUCCUUCCCGGCCUACUCUCUUUCUCUCUAAAAAUUCAAUAAGCAUAUCCUCAGGUGAGGAUCAAAAAAAAAAAAACUCUCUUUUCAUGAUACCUAAAUAAAUAAGGACUGGGUUUGAUGUUUCUCCUAAAAUAAUGUUCAAUACUUAACCUAAUCAAAUGGCAUCCAUUUGAGUAAAAUGACAGUAACUAAAGCUAGUUAAUGUCAGUGACAUUAAACUAACUCCAGGAUUCAGGAGUUUUAAUGUUAGCUUUUAGAGGUAGCAGAUAGCGUGCAGCAGCAUCUCUCCAUGGUAGCCGGUCUCCCCUGUCCGUCCGCUAGUCUGCCUGCCUGCCCUCAUAGGUGACAACAGUAGUAGCUCUCUACUUAGGUGAUACUCAUGCAUUUGGUUGUUGUUUAGUCAGCUGUUUCAGAGUCUUUUUGCUUCCAUUUGAUGUUGCAAAGGUAGCAGUGAUGUUUGUUUUUUGCCUCUUUGUGUUUGAUGUUGAUUCUGUUUUCUGAAUGAGGCUUAUCUUAUUUUUGGUUAAUAGUCAAAGGCACAGAGGAAGUAAUACAAAACUCCUUUUUUGAAGUUCAUUAUUUAACACUUAAAUGAGAUAAACUUGUAUUAAUCGUAAUACUCUUGACGAUGUGUUACCCUUGUGCACAUGAGGUUGAUGUAAAAGAGCUUUAUCUCUGUAUCGUUGGGAAGUUUUCGAAACUUUUACUUGUGAUCUGGUGAUGAUUGGAUGCUUUAUUUAAUUAAAGAGCUGCUCUUGCCUCCAAGAAAGUAAAGAUUUUUUUUUCUUUUUUCUUUUUUUUUCUUUUUGCUUUUUCCGUCCUUUGCCCCUCAUGUUUGUUCUUCAAACCAGUACUUUGGACAAAUGCAUGCAAGCCUAUAAAGGAAGACCACAACUCUUCUUUGUGUGUGUAGCACUUAUAUUAUUGUCUGGCUACAUCUGCAGAACACUUCCUUUACAGAGGUUUGGACUAACAUUUCACAUGCACAUUUCAAAAUAAAAUGCUUCCGAUAAAACAAACCCUUUAGCUGCCAAGAAGAGCAACAUGGGCUACAUUUGGCCCAAUGACAUCUAGUAUUUGUUUUGAAAGUGAAUUUAAUAUAUGUUGCAUAAUAUUAUGACUAGAGAUGUGCAAGAAAUAAAGUAAAAGAAACUUCUAUUUUCAUGAAGAUAUUUUUUAUCAGUCUGUGCUCUCAAAUAUAAAUGAAAUUACAAAAUUUCUGAAUACCAUAUUGUCUUGAGACACUACCUGAUUUUUAAUGUGUAGUAGUCGUUGAAGCUAAAUUUCUCCUUCCACUUGGUAUUUCAAGAAAAUUUAAAAUGUUGCAAGUAGAAAAGAUUUAUAUUUUAAUGUGACAAUUUGCACAAGUGAAAAAUCUGGAUGUUGCGUGCGUGAGAAGGCUGUCUUGGUUAUACGCAAGGAGUCAUCUCAUGUGCGCUGUUUUUCCUAUUUGGAAUGACAAGCAAGCUAACACUCUUCUCUUUGAUUUAAAAAAGAAAUCAGUGUUGAUACGAUCAAGGUAUAACCACUAUCAAUAUUUUGAAGUUUUAAAAGACUGUAAGCUGGCAUUGGAAGGAACACCAUGGUAGACUUUUUUUUGUAAAUUUAUUUUGUAUUUAAUUAAAUACAGUAUAAAGGCUGGUGAAGUGUAAUAUAAUUGUGUAAACAAAUCCUGUUAAUAGAGAGAUGUACAGAUUUGUUUUGUACUGUAUCUUGAAACUUGUGAAAUAAAGAUUCCACCUCUGGUUAUCUUGUAUGCUAUAAUGUACCAUGACCAAGUACCUUUUU